UACACAUACGAGCACGACAUAACCACAGAGUAUAUUAUACAUAUAUUUAAAUAUAUAUAUAUUAAUAACAAUAUACAUAGUAUAUAUAUAUAAACAUAUAUAUUUGUAACCGACGUUACCCAUCCCGUUUCUUCGUACGGGUCUGUCCACUCUGUCCCGCACUGACCGAUUACCGUUUUAGGUCAUUUACUAGUGCAUUAUCGCCCAGCGCCAUAUACUUAGUCCGGACUCGGCAUUUUAAUAGUAUAGCUUCCGUCGUCGCCAAUCGCUCGCACCGCCACCGCCCGAUCACGAGGACGAAGACUACGACGACAAAGUGCGAACAUUAAUCAUCCGGCGUGCUUACAUUUCGAUAAUUUAGAUAGAUGCACUGUUCUUUUAACAUAUAAAAUACUUGGUUUAUUUUAUUGACAUGGAGACUACAUCUACCGUGUCAGAAGAACCUUCUGUCGACAAGACUACUCAGCCUAAUAAUCAAAAAGAUACGUCAUGCGUUUCCACUACAAUUACUGAAACCUCACUUAAACAGGCAGAUGCUGUUGAUAGCACAUCUGUUGCUACUCAAGCUUCCGAGUUAGACAUAGCAGAUUCAAAUCAUCCGUCUAAUGAUAAGAACCGUAAAAAAAAAGAUCGUCAUUUAGCUCAAGCAUUAAAAACUGUUUUGAAUAGUAUGAAUUCUUUAAAUACACCAGAAGAAAAACUAGCAGCAUUGUGCAUUAAGUAUGCAGAUCUGAUGGAAGAAAACACUAAGCUUAAAACUGCUUACAAACAAACUGAAAAAAAAGUAUCUCAGGCACUAACAGAGCGUGAUAUAGUCAGAGGUGAAAUGAAUAAAGCAGUUAUGACCAGAAGUCGAUUGGAAAGUUUGUGCAGAGAAUUGCAGAAACAAAAUAAAGCAAUAAGAGAAGAGAGUCUGAAACGUGUCAAAGAAGCUGAAGAUAAACGUAUGGAAAUGACAAAUAAAUUUCAAAACACAUUAAGUGAAAUAGCUUCAGUAAUGCAACAAAAUAGUGAGAAAAACAACAAGCUUCGAGAUGAUAACAUGGACAUGUCUUCUAGGCUUAAGAAUGUGUGCGAACAGUAUGAGCUUAGAGAACAGGUAAAUGGCGCUCAAGUAGUUAAAUUAGCUAAACAAAUUGAGCUUGAGACUCAAUUAUGUGAUGCUAAGCUGGCCAAAGCAAACAUGGAAAUCAGUGUAGAACGAGAAACUAUUUUAAAUGAGAAAACUCAAUUAUUAAAGGAAAUACGACUAUAUCAAACCAGAAUUGAGGAAAUGCAGAAUACUGAAAUAGACUUACGAAACCAAAUUUCCCUGUAUAAUGAAAAAUAUGAAGAAUUUCAAAAUGCUCUAGCACGGAGCAAUAAAGUUUUUGCUGGGUUUAAAGGAGAUAUGGAAUUAAUGUCAAAAAAAAUAGUUAAACAAGAAAAAGAGUCAGCUAGUUGGAAAAUGCGUUAUGAGCGUUGCCAGCAGCUUUUAGAUGAAAUGACCUCUGAACGUACUAGAAUGAUUAGUGAUUUGUCUGUAGCUACUCKACAAUUGAGUACCUUGCAAAAAUUAUGUCGAACUCUUCACUCUGAACGACAGGCACUUUUGUCUAAGUUAGAACAUGGAAAAAAAAUGCCGGAAUUACCACCAGAUAUGGCAUCUGGAGAAAUGGCUGAACGUUUUACAGAUCACAGUAUGUGUGCAAUGGCAGAAUGGUUCGCACGUACUGAUAAUGCAAAAUCUAAAUCGGAUCAGUCUUCAGAGAUACUACAGUCAGCUAUUGAAAAUCAAUUGAAAUUAUCUAAGGACUCAAGUGAGCAGCAAUCACUUAUAAAUGGAGAAGAUAUGUCGCCAGAGUCUCCUUCAUCAUCUCAAUCACAUACAUCUGAUGAACCUGCUUAUGAUACUGGUGUAAGCAGUAAUUCAUCAGUUAAUGGAGACAAAGUAGAAUCUGCCAUUGAAAAUAAUGUUGAAAACAAGUCUGUUGAUGAACAUGAGCCCAAAAAGGCUGACAUUAAAAAGCCCAAGGAAACUCAAUCAAAACGGAAGGCUAAGAAAACGUAGUCAUUUUYGUCUUUCUUUGACAUGUAGUAGUUCACUAAUACUAAAUUUAUGAGUUGAAACUGCCAGCUGUAUUUGUGAAACAGUGGAUGUUUCUUAAAAGCAAAAUAUUGUUUUAUUUUCAAGCCAUUAUUUGUCUAAAGAUGAUUACUUGUAAUUAUUUUUAGUUUUUAAUAUAAUUAGGCCAUGUAUUAAAUAUACCAAAACAAAACUUUUAUUAUU